CACGUGCCGUUCCUCCCCCCCCCCCCUCCCCACCCGGCCCUGUAGCGGCGGCUCAGCUGCUGCCAUGGAGCCUGCGGAUCUGGAGCAGAUCCUAAAGGAGCUGCUGCUGCCGGACACCGAGCGCAUCCGCCGGGCCACGGAGCAGCUCCAGACCGCCCUUCGGGACCCUGCUGCCUUGCCUGCUCUCUGCGACCUGUUGGCUUCCGCGGCCGACCCUCAGAUCCGCCAGUUUGCAGCCGUCCUGACCCGCAGAAGACUGAGCAGCCGCUGGCGACGCUUGGCCCCUGAGCAGCGUGAGAGCAUCAAGACCCUGGUCCUGACAGCCUUGCAGAGAGAGACCGAGCAUUAUGUCAGUGUCAGCUUGGCACAGCUCUCAGCCACCAUUUUUCGAAAGGAAGGCCUGGAAGCCUGGCCUCAGUUCAUGCACCUGCUUCAGCAAAGUACUCACAGUACCAACAGCCCCGAGAAAGAGGUGGGACUCUUGCUGCUGAGUGUGGUGGUGUCCACCCAACCCGAGGCGUUCUACCCUCACCAGCGGGGGCUUCUGCAGCUUCUGGCUGACACUCUGGGUGAGACAGGCGCCCCUAGAGUGCUCUUCUACUCCCUGCGCACUCUGACCGCCUUGGCCCCCUACCUCAGGACCGAUGAUGUGCCUCUCGCACGGAUGUUGGUGCCCAGACUCGUUACGGCAGUGAGGACUCUGAUCCCCAUAGAUGAGGUAAAGGCCUGUGAGGCCCUCGAGGCCCUGGAUGAACUGCUGGAGUUAGAGUUGCCCAUCAUCACUCCCCACCUCUCUGAGGUCCUCACAUUCUGCCUGGAGGUGGCUAAAAACGUGGCCCUUGGCGAUACAAUUCGUGUACGCGUCCUCUGCUGCCUCACUUUCUUGGUCAAAGUCAAAAGUAAGGCCUUACUGAAGAACCGCCUCCUGCCUCCCUUGCUACAAGCCCUUUUCCCAAUUAUGGCUGCUGAGCCACCCAUAGGCCAGUUGGAUCCUGAAGACCAAGAUUCUGAUGAUGAUGAGUUGGAGAUCGGGCUGAUGGGGGAGACCCCCAAGCACUUUGCUGUACAGGUCGUGGACAUGCUGGCACUACACCUUCCCCCUGAGAAGCUCUGUCCCCUUGUGAUGCCCAUGCUGGAAGAAGCCCUGCGGAGUGAGUUCCCGUACCAGCGGAAAGCAGGGUUCCUCGUGUUGGCUGUCCUGUCUGAUGGUGCUGGUGACCACAUCAGGCAAAGACUGCUGUGCCCCCUGCUGCAGAUCGUGUGCAAGGGCCUGGGCGACCCCUCCCAGGUGGUCCGAAAUGCUGCAUUGUUCGCCCUGGGCCAGUUUUCAGAGAACUUACAGCCCCACAUCAGCAGCUAUUCAGAGGAGGUCAUGCCCCUACUACUGGCCUACCUGAAGUCCGUGCCCACCGGGAACACACAGCACCUGGCCAAGGCCUGCUACGCCCUGGAGAACUUCGUGGAAAACCUGGGGCCCAAAGUGCAGCCCUAUCUUCCCGAGCUUAUGGAGUGUAUGCUGCAGCCCCUGAGGACCCCCAGCAAAGCCCGGACCAAGGAGCUAGCUGUGAGCGCCAUAGGGGCCAUUGCCACAGCGGCCCAAGACUCCCUGCUGCCCUACUUCCCUACUAUCAUGGAGCUUCUCCGGGGCUUCCUGUUGACCGGCCAUGAGGACCAACAGCUCGUGCAGAUCCAGAGCCUGGAGACCCUGGGAGUGCUGGCCCGAGCGCUGGGAGAGUCCAUGAGGCCCCUGGCUGAAGAGUGUUGUCAGCUGGGGCUGGGGUUAUGCAGCCACAUAGAUGAUCCCGACUUACGGCGCUGCACGUACAGCCUGUUUGCAGCCUUAUCGGGGUUAAUGGGAGAGGGCCUGGGACCCUACCUGCCGCAAAUUACCACGCUCAUGCUGCUGUCACUGCGGUCCACCGAGGGCAUUGUGCCUCAGUAUGAUGGAAUCAGCUCCUUCCUUCUGUUUGAUGAUGAGAGCGAAGAGGAAGAAGACCUCAUGGAGGAGGAUAUGGAGGAGGAGGAGGUGGAGGACGACUCUGAGAUCUCAGGGUACAGCGUGGAGAACGCCUUCUUCGACGAGAAAGAAGAUACCUGCACAGCCCUGGGGGAGAUCUCCGUGAACACCAGUGUGGCCUUCCUUCCAUACAUGGAUAACAUAUUUGAUGAGGUGUUCAAACUGUUGGAGUGUCCCCAUCUGAAUGUGCGGAAAGCGGCUCACGAAGCUCUGGGACAGUUCUGCUGUGCGCUCCAGAAGGCCUGUCAGAGAAGCCCUUCAGAAGGCAGCAGUGCCGCUCUGCGGUCCGCCUUGGCUCGGGUGAUACCGUCCUACAUGCAGGCAGUGAAAGUGGAGAGGGAGCGCCCCGUGGUGAUGGCCGUGCUGGAGGCCCUGACAGGGGUGCUGCGCACCUGCGGGAACCUCGCCCUGCAGCCUCCUGGACGCCUCGGUGAGCUCUGCACGAUGCUCAAGACGGUGCUGCAGAAGAAGACAGCCUGUCAGGACACUGAGGAGGAGGAGGAGGAUGAAGAAGGCGACCAGGCGGAGUAUGACGCCAUGUUACUAGAGCAUGCUGGAGAGGCCAUCCCGGCCCUGGCCGCCGCCGCGGGAGGACAAUCCUUCGCGCCUUUCUUUGCCAGUUUCCUGCCGUUAUUGCUGUCUAAGACGAAACAGAGCUGUACGGUGGCAGAGAAGUCCUUUGCGGUGGGAACACUGGCAGAGUCUAUUCAGGGUCUGGGCACUGCCUCAGCCCAGUUCGUGUCUCGGCUGUUCCCUGUGCUGUUGAACGCUGCCCGGGAAGCAGACCCUGAGGUGCGGAGCAACGCCAUCUUUGGGCUGGGUGUGCUUGCGGAACAUGGGGGCUGCCCUGCUCAGGACCACUUCCCUAAGGUACUGGGCCUCCUUUUGCCCCUCCUGGCGAGGGAGCGACAUGAUCGAGUCCGUGAUAACAUCUGUGGGGCUCUUGCCCGGCUGCUGAUGGCCAGUCCAGCAAGGAAAGCAGAACCCCAGGUGCUGGCUACCCUGCUACAUGCCCUGCCACUGAAGGAAGACAUGGAGGAGUGGAUCACUAUAGGCCACCUCUUCAACUUCCUGCACCAGAACAACCCUGACCAGGUUCUAGACGUGGCUCCCGAGCUCUUGCGCAUCUGCAGCCUGAUUCUGGCGGACAACAGGAUCCCGCCAGACACCAAGGCGGCGCUGCUGCUGCUCCUGACCUUCCUGGCCAAACAGCACGCCGACAGUUUCCACGCAGCCCUGGGCUCACUGCCCGCUAACAAAGCUGAGGAACUCCAGGCCAUGCUGGGCCUCACUUAGACUGCGGGCUCCCGCCGGGCCCUCGCGCCCCAAGACUACCAGUCAGCCCAGGCCCAGCUCAUCUCACCAAAGACUGUAUCAUCAUGGAAGUCAAUCCUGCUUGCUGUCUUACCGGGUGUCUCUGGGGCUGGAGCUAUACAAGCAGAGCUGUGACAUCAUACUGUAAUAAAGGCAGCUUGUUUCCUGCUUGGACACUAGCUCUGAGAGCGCGAA